ACGCGCCUUUCCCCUCUUUGCUUCAUUUUCUUUCUCUCUCCGCCCAAACCGCUUCAUUGUCUCUCCUCCAAUUUCACCCUAUAAACAAUGUUCCAUUCUUAUUUCUUCCGUAACUAAACCAAACCCAUUCCCUUCGUUAAUCCCUUUCUUCCCACUUCAUCAAAACCACCAUGCCCUUUCCAUGGAAGAAAAACCGUGUCACCAGAAUAUCCCAAAUCGUCGCCGAUCUCCAAUCGCCAAAACGCGGCGCUUCCCUCGUCGUCCAAACCGGAUUCCCCACCUCCCUCAUCGACCUCUUCGUCAAGAACCGAAGUCGUUUCAAGAAACACCGCUCCAAAAAACCUCUUCACCAUGAUAUUCCCGAUCCGCCGCCGCCGUCUCCGGCCACCACUCCUCCGCCGUCCCUUUCCCUCUCCGAGAUUCCGUUGCCUACUCCAGAACUAGAACCAAACGCCGAUGAGGCCGCGGUAUCGGGUCGGGUCGGCGAAUGUGGUUCCGGGUCGGGUUUUAAUUUGGUUAUUGUGAAGAUUUUGAUGGUGGUUGUUUUGCUGUCGACCGUGAAGAGGGUCACGGUUGGGAUCACCGUGUCGGCUUUUGCGCUUCUGUUUCUCGAAUACGCAAUGAAACGCGUCGUUUUGUCUUCCAAUUUAAAGUUUUUUUUCCAAAGGGUAUCCGAUUGUGUGUGGUUCCGGAAACUUCUUCUUCUUGGUCUUCGGUUGAAGCAGAAAAAGGAAGUUUUUGAAGUUGGCGAAGGUGAAUUGAGCUAUGAUUCAUUGUGUAUUAAUGAAAUUGAAGUUGUGGAAGCGAAGAGCGAGGUGGGGGUUUGUGGUGAAUGGGAUUCUCUCAGUGGUGGCGUGGCUUGGGGGAGUUCACGGAUGUUGGAGGAUGAUGAAUCUUCAUGUCACUAUGAAGCUUCUGAAUGCAAGAUUAAGGGUAGUCGUAGUGGUAGAUUUAAGGCCAAGAUGGUGAAGAAACUUGUGCCUAAGAAGUUUCGUGGUUCUAAGAAGGAGAAAAAGGAAAAGGGUGUUAGUAAGCAGAACGAGGGUGAGUCAUGUAGUGAAGUUUCUAGUGUUGUGGAGGAAGAUAAGUUACCUAUUCUAGAGAUUGAAGAGGAAGUAGAAGAAGAUGUGGGAAAAGAAGCUAAAGUUGGGUGUAUGAAAGAUGAUGAGGUUGAUGGAGGAAUCACUUGUUCUCAUGAGAAGAGAGUAAACAGAGUUGGGAAUUCAGGUUCUAUAAUUUUAGUUAUAAUUGCCCUUGCUGGCCUUCUUGUGGGACGUUUCCAAGCAUUGUUACUUUCAAUGGCAUGGUGCUGCUUGCAAAAGAUGGUUACAAGUUUAUGGAGAUCCCACAAUGUGCCUUUGAUCAAGGGUUGUUCCAUUCCGAACUCUUGAUUUGGGUGGCAUUGUUAUAAUUUAGUUGCACAAUUUUUAUUUUUAUUUUUUUUUCACUCUCUUCCUAGAUGAUACAUAGAGAUUCAUGCUAUUCUACGAGAUCAUUCCCUUGAUAGGAACUACGACUUGAUGCGUUGUACAUCGAAAUGUAAAUUUAUAGAUACUAAUGACAGUUUAUAUACAUUCUUUGUUUAAGAUGUUACAUUGUUCUUAUGCUACCUUACAAUCCUUGCUAUCGGCCA